UGAGCUGGUCCAUCUGCAUUCUGCAAUCCGGCAUUUUGAACACAACACAUUGGCACUGUAUUGGAUUUUUGCAUCUUUACAUCAAUGUGCAUAAGUUUCUCAAUUCUAAUUCUUUGUGUAGUAAUAAUAACUUAAUCAUCGUGAAUAUUUUUUCUAUGUUCUUGCUAAAACCAUUCAUAAUUUUCUAGGAUUGGUUUUUCCUAACCUAAAGUAGUUGCGGUACCGAACAUCAAACUUUAUUUUUGAUGAAUCAGUAAAUUGUAAAACUUUACCUACUUUACCAAAAAUUCAUUUUCUGAUAGUUCAUAUUUUGUUGAAAAUGGAUGAACCUAUGUUUAAAGAUGUUAUGGAUGGUUUGGAAACCUUGAGAUAUGAAGAACUUGAUGAAAAUAUGUGGAAGAAAGCUGUAGCUGAAGGACCAAAAUCGGUUACCUACACGAAACUCGUGGAAUGGCUCUCGAAGGAGUUGCAAGUACUUUGCAAUUUGGAUGAGCAUGUCAAUCAGAUCACCAGUCCAGAAGACUCGAGCUCAUUCCUAUUGGAGGUUAGCAGCUUCUUGAAAGAAAUAGGAUGUCAAUACAGUUGUUUAAUGGAAGGAAAUGUGAAUGAGAGAUUACAUUCAAAAUAUAAUCGCACCCUCCUUUUGGACUUGCUCAUUACUGAACUGCAGGCUGCUCGCAUGGCCUUGAUCGUGAAACCAGAUUUGAAAAAUAAAAUGAACAUCACUCUAAAAGAAAGUGCAACUGCUGCUGAUUUGAGAAACAUUUUGGUAGCAUUGAAGUUCCCAAAGCCUCCUGAAAACAUCACACCUGCUGCGAUCUUCACUAAAGUUGAAGACAAGCUGAAGCAGGUAAUGGCUUCGUGUCCACCAGAGCUUGUCGGUAAACCAAUGCUGAAAGUGCAAAUGGAUGACAAAGAUUGGCACAAACUAGAGAAUGUGCUCUCGGAGCUGGAGAAGGAAUAUAUUCUACGCAGAGAAAUGUUGCUGAAACGGUUGGACGUCACUAUUCAAUCUUUUCAAUGGUCAGAUCGACUCAAGUCUAAAGAGAACGUGAUAGCACAAGUAUACUCGCAAAAUCGUUUGAAGUUGUCGACAAGGCCGGCAAUCGACAUAGCAGACCUGCUCGCAGCCAGGGAAGAUCUUGCCAUCGUUGAAAAGACAUCUGGUGCAUCCGUACGUCAAAAGACUCAGUCUGCCACCAAUAGAGUCAUCAUUGGAAGAGUUCCGGACAGAGGAGGGAGGCCCAACGAGCAGGAGCCGCCUCCUCCAGAAAUGCCCAGCUGGCAACAGAGGAGUGCAGAGAAGGGAUUGUGCAUUGACAUGAGCGACUUUAAGACGAUCAGGGAAAGAAGAGACAGCCCGCUUGAGGGCAUCGCCGACACUCAGCUCGGCCGCGCCGUCAUCCUGCUGUAUAGACAAGGUGGCUGCGACGAAGCAGCAAGGCAGAAGACAGGGUUUUCAGGAUGUCAAUACAGUUGUUUAAUGGAAGGAAAUGUGAAUGAGAGAUUACAUUCAAAAUAUAAUCGCACCCUCCUUUUGGACUUGCUCAUUACUGAACUGCAGGCUGCUCGCAUGGCCUUGAUCGUGAAACCAGAUUUGAAAAAUAAAAUGAACAUCACUCUAAAAGAAAGUGCAACUGCUGCUGAUUUGAGAAACAUUUUGGUAGCAUUGAAGUUCCCAAAGCCUCCUGAAAACAUCACACCUGCUGCGAUCUUCACUAAAGUUGAAGACAAGCUGAAGCAGGUAAUGGCUUCGUGUCCACCAGAGCUUGUCGGUAAACCAAUGCUGAAAGUGCAAAUGGAUGACAAAGAUUGGCACAAACUAGAGAAUGUGCUCUCGGAGCUGGAGAAGGAAUAUAUUCUACGCAGAGAAAUGUUGCUGAAACGGUUGGACGUCACUAUUCAAUCUUUUCAAUGGUCAGAUCGACUCAAGUCUAAAGAGAACGUGAUAGCACAAGUAUACUCGCAAAAUCGUUUGAAGUUGUCGACAAGGCCGGCAAUCGACAUAGCAGACCUGCUCGCAGCCAGGGAAGAUCUUGCCAUCGUUGAAAAGACAUCUGGUGCAUCCGUACGUCAAAAGACUCAGUCUGCCACCAAUAGAGUCAUCAUUGGAAGAGUUCCGGACAGAGGAGGGAGGCCCAACGAGCAGGAGCCGCCUCCUCCAGAAAUGCCCAGCUGGCAACAGAGGAGUGCAGGUGGUGGAGCCGGAGGCUUUAGUGGUGGUGGUGGCGGAGGAGGGGGUAGAGGUGGAUUUCAAGGGGGUGGGGGAAGAGUCCAAGGAGGGUGGAAUCAAGGAGGAAACAGUGGUGGAGGGGGAGGAGGAGGAUAUGAUAACCGUGGAGGUGGGUAUGAUAACAGAGGGGGCGGAGGAGGAUUUGACAAUAGAGGUGGUGGAAGAGGGGGAUAUGACAACAGAGGAGGAGGUAAAGGAGGUUAUGAUAAUAGAGGGGGUUAUGAUAGUAGGGGUGGUGGUGGGGGAAGAGGGGGAUAUCAGGAUAACUAUGGAGAUGGGAGAGGAUACAGUGAUACCAGAGGAGGAGGAUAUCAAGACAACAGAGGUGGUGGUUACCAUAGAGACAAUCAAGGAGGAGGUGGAGGGGGCUACCAGGACAACAGGCAGGAAAGGAGGGGGGGAAGAGGUGGUCGAGGAGGCUACCGAUAG